CGCUCCCCCCUCGCCCUGUCUUGGUAUCUCCUCCCUAUCCCCGCCCCUCCCGGCCAGCCUCCCGUUCAGUCUGCUCUGGGCCCGGGGAGCGCAGGAUGCGGUUUGUGGCCUCUCAGCUGUUUCUACUCCUCUGGGGGCUGAUCCGCGCCGAAGCCCCGCACUCCGGCGAGCACCAGGGGCAAGUGCGAGGGACCGGGGCAGCCGCGGACCCCUGGACCCCACACUGGGACGUGUUUCCGGACCUCCGCCAGGACGGCCGCAGACUGAGGCUGCAGGAAGCCGCACAGAGCAUGCCCAGCCAGCUGCACCUCUCCAUAGAUGUGGAGGGGAGGCGCAUUCACAUGGAACUGCAGCGGAACAGGUACCUGGUGCCGGAGUCGCACAGCCUGGCGUACUACCUUCCAGAUGGGACACGCGUGACGGACAACAACCCCCAGCCGACGCACUGUUUAUAUCAUGGACGCCUAACGGGACAGGCAGGGCCAUGGAGCAGCCUCAGUCUGUGCGCAGGGAUAAGGGGCGCAAUCAUUGUGUCUGCAGACCGGAGGUACACCAUCGAGCCUGUCCCGGGGGACGGGUCCCACAGACAUAUCCUGCGCAUGGUGAUGGACCAGCUUCCUCAGAACAUGACAUGCGGGACGAGAGAGACUCCCCACGAAAGAAGCAGACGGGAGCUGCCCCGAUUGCCCCCGCAUGGGACGGGCGUUCUGAACGAGACAAAGUACGUGGAGAUGGUGAUGGUGGCAGAUAGCAGAGAGUACAAACUGUAUGACAAGGACUUGAAGCGUCUGCACAUGAGGAUAUUGGAGAUCGCCAACAAGGUGGAUGCGUUUUACCGUGUGCUGAACGUGCGCGUGGUGCUGCUGUCCGUGGAGGUUUGGACCCAAGAAGAUAAGAUCGCGGUCAGUACCGAUCCGGCCGAGACGCUCAUCCGUUUCCUGUCCUGGAGAGAGAAGUCCCUUUUACCUCUGAUUCAGCAUGACAACGCUCAGCUACUAACGGGGGUAACAUUUAAGAAUUCGUCUGUUGGCAUGGCAACAAUGAACUCUAUCUGUACCGAUGACCUGUCCGGAGGAGUUAACAUGGAUCACUCGGUCAGCAUCCUUGGGGUGGCAUCGACGGUGGCCCAUGAACUGGGGCAUAACUUGGGUUUAAAUCACGACACCUCGGACAGGGCAUGCGGCCAGCCGGAGAAGGGAAAACACUGGAUAAUGCAGUCGUCGUCGGGGUUUAUGCCCGGGCUGGAGUUCAGUAAUUGCAGCGUCAUGGACUUGAUGGGCAGUCUCCGGCAGGGAAGGGGUGCGUGUCUCUUUAAUGCCCCCAGCCCCCCGAGCGUGUUCGGCAAAGCGCGCUGUGGCAAUUCGCUGGUGGAAGAAGGGGAGCAGUGCGACUGCGGACUGACCCAGGAGUGCGCCGACCCCUGUUGUAACGCCUCCACGUGUCAGCUUGCGGCCGGCGCGGAGUGCUCCUCCGACGGGCUGUGCUGCCAGUGGUGCAAGCUGAAGCCUCCCGGGUCUCUGUGUCGGGAUCGCUUGGGGGAUUGUGACCUCCCGGAAUACUGCACCGGGGUGUCCCAGCACUGCCCCCCUAAUGUGUUCGUGCAGAACGGGGAGCCGUGCGACGGGGGCCGGGCCUACUGCUACCUGGGGGAAUGCCGGAGCCUGGAAUCCCAGUGUCAGAGCCUGUGGGGCCCCGGAUCCUCGCCGGCCCCAGAAUCCUGCUUCAGCAAAGUGAAUGUCAGAGGGGAUAAAUACGGGCACUGCGGCCAGGGGCCCAACGGCACUUUCCGGCCCUGUGCAGACAGAGAUGUGCGAUGUGGGAAGAUCCAAUGCCAGGGGGGCCGUGACCGCCCGAUCGUGGGGUCCAGCGCUCGAGUCUCUCUGGUGAGUUUCAGCGUGAAUGGGACGGAGCUGCAGUGCCGCGGAACGUAUUAUAAUUUGGGAGAUGACAUCUGGGACCCGACCCUCGUGAUGACGGGGACCGUCUGUGGGGAGGGGAAGGUCUGUCUCGGGCACCGGUGUCAGGACGUGUCCGCGCUGAAGCCGCAGAGCUGCGAGAGCAAGUGCAGCAACCACGGGAUCUGUAACAGUAACAAUAAUUGUCACUGUGACCCUGGGUGGGCGCCGCCGGUCUGUGGGAGCGUGGGACUCGGGGGCAGUAUAGACAGCGGGCCGCUGGCCCUGGAACGGGCUGGCAGAUCUCUCACCACCUCCCUGCUCCUGGUGUUCCUGCUCUUCGCGCCUCUCCUCAUACUCUGUGGGGUCUGCUUCCUGAAACGCCAAGCCCUGCAGAGGCGGCUGGGGUCCCUCAGCAAGGGCAGUCGAUGCCGAUACAGGGUGACGCAGACCAGCAGCCAGUCGCUCCCGCAGCGCCCUCCUCCGCCGCAGUGGACGCAGGGCGCCGAGCUGCAGGUGAUGUCCACCAAUCAUCAGGGCUCUGAGCGGCCUGACCCACCGACCAAGCCACUUCCACCUGAUCCAGUGCACAAGCGCUGCCAGGCAUCUGUUCUGGACAGGCCUCCUCCCCCUACACGUCCUCUUCCCGCGGACCCGCUCCCACGGCAGGCGCAGGUAACGCGGCCCCGGGUGGAGGGCUCGCUGUGGUGAUGGCGCAGUCUAACGUACUUUAGUGUUCACGGGUGUGGCUGGUGGUGGGAGCUGCCGGUGCACAAAUCACACAAACCUCUGAUAAAUCACCCGGAUUUGGUGAAUUUCCCGGUGAAAGGGAGCAGCUCCAGUGAAGCCUCCGCUGCCAAAAAAGCCGUUACCCGUGGAGCCUGUGGGCCGAGCUCAGGAACCCCUCC